UGUGGGAAAGCAUUUAGGCACCUCUCAGGCUUCCAUAUACAUCAAAAUAUUCACAGUGGAUUGAGGCCUUAUGAAUGUAAGGAAUGUGGGAAAGCAUUUAAGCAGCCCUCAACCCUGGUUAGACAUAAAAGAAUUCACAAUGGAGAGAAGCAAUAUGAAUGUAAGGAAUGUGGGAAAGCAUUUAGUCAACUGUCAUACCUCUCUGCACAUGUGAAAAGCAUUCACAGUGGAGACAGGCCUUAUAAAUGUAAGGAAUGUGGGAAAGCAUUUAGUUACCUUUCAAACCUCUCUAGACAUGAAAAAAAUCACAGUGGAGACAGGCCCUAUGAAUGUAAGGAAUGUGGGAAAGCAUUUAAGCAGCCCUCAACCCUCCUUAUGCAUAAAAGAAUUCACAAUGGAGAGAAGCCAUAUGGAUGUAAGGAAUGUGGGAAAGCAUUUAAUCAGGCCUCACACCUCUCCAGACAUACAAGAAUUCACACCAGAUAGAGACCCUAUGAAUGUAAGGAAUGUGGGAAAGCAUUUAAUGACCUUUCACACCUCUCCACACAUAAAAGAAUUCACACUGGAGAGAGGCCCUAUAAAUGUAAGGAAUGUGGGAAGGCAUUUAGUUGUUCCUCAGACUUCUAUAGACAUAAAAGAAUUCACAGUGGAGAGAAGCCCUAUGAAUGUAAAGAAUGUACUAAAGCAUUUAGUCAGCUUUCAUACCUCUCUAGUCAUAAAAGAAUUCACACUGGGAGGCCCUAUGAAUGUAAAGAAUGUGGGAAAGCCUUUAGUCGGCUCUCAUACCUCUCGAAACAUAAAAGAAUGCCACAAGGAGAGAGGCCCUAUAAAUGUAAGGAAUGUGAGAAAGCAUUUAGUCAGCUACAAAACCUUUCUAACCAUAAAAGAAUUCACAGAGCAGAGAGGCCCUAUAAAUGUAAGGAAUGUGGGAAAGCAUUCAGUCAACUGUCAUACCUCUCUGCACAUAAAAACAUUCACAGUGGAGACAGGCCCUAUAAAUCUAAGAAAUGUGGAAAAGCAUUUAGUUACCUUUCAAACCUCUCUAGACAUGAAAAAAAUCACAGUGGAGACAGGCCCUAUGAAUGUAAGGAAUGUGGGAAAGCAUUUAAACGGACCUCACACCUCUCCAGACAUAAAAGAAUUCACACUGGAGAGAGGCCCUAUGUAUGUAAGAAAUGUGGGAAAGCCUUUACUCAGCUCUCAUACCUCUCUGGACAUAAAAGCAUUCACAGUGGAGACAGGCCCUAUAGAUGUAAGGAAUGUGGCAAAGCAUUUGGUUGGCCCUCAAACCUCUCUAGACAUAAAAGAAGUCACAAUGAACAGAGGCUCUAUAAAUGUAAGGAACGUGGGUAA